AAGCUUUCGUUCACCAUUGUUGUUAGGGCGGCUUUUGAUCGGUCCUUCGUUAAACUCGUGUCAUAAAACCAGCUGGUUCCAGAAGCCAAUGCUGGCAUCACAGAAUGAGUUCAAAAGUCAAGUCUGAAAAGACAAAAGUGAAGUUUGCUCAGUCAAAUAUUAAUCAUGUUUACAAAGGAAAUACUACAGAACCUCAACAUAAACCAACUGUGCGACAAUAUGGGAUGCAAGUUGUCGGAAAGUUGCAGGGAACGCGCCGAUUACCCCCACCAGCUUGGGUCCCCAGUAUCAAGGCUGAAACAGGCGGUCUGGACAGUCGAGUUUCUCUUGUUCCCGCGGGUGGGGGUGGGUGGGGCGCUCCCUCGACUUCCAGUGCUGACCAGCCACCUGUAUCAUCCACGGCAACUGACAGCCUUCCAAUUGUUUCUACCUUACCCUCCGUGAAUGGUGCGCUUUAUAGUGAAACAGUCGGAAAUUCUCUCGAACCAGCAUAUACAAAGUUCGUUUAUGGUAACUCAGAUAUGGGGGUAACGGGUGUAUCAACACUGAAAGAUACUUCAGUCGGUGUGAACGGCUCUGUUAAGACAGAUAAAACUCAAGAUGCAGUAAAAGAUAAAGUAUCCAGUCAACCGCUGAAACCGCCGAGUGAUAAGCCAGGAUCUAGUGGAGGAUUGGCAGCUAACAAACCAUUCUUCCAGAGACCAACUCCGAUUGUAACCACUUCUAGUACUACAACUACGACAUCUAAAUCUGAAAUUCCUGCCAAGGUUGAUGGGGGCGCUCGCGAAAUAGUUGGGGAGCCUUCUGGCUGGGUUGCUAUUGGUCAAGAUGAACCUGACUUCGAUGAACGCAUAAUUUUUAGUGAUGAUGAAGAGUAUGAAGUAAAAUCCAUCCAAUCGACCACAACGACAAACAUAUCAGAACAACCUGCACAGUUUUCGAUCCCACCUCCUAAUACUGUUAAGACCAGUUUGCAUGCUAUGCCUAUGAAACCCUUUGUCAACCCGUCGACUAAUUUACAAGGAGCUUGCGUCACCCAGUCACAGUCGACGGUAUCUCAAAAUAUGUAUGGCUCUAAUUUAAAGACAUCAAACGCUUGGUCCGCUGCGGAUGUUUCAUACACUCGAAACUGUUCAGUUAACCACUCUGGACCUCCACCAAUUAAUCUUCCUUACAGCAUUGCGUCGAUAAAUACUUGUGGGAUUACUUCUGAUGCUAACCGUUCAUUACCAAGUGGACAGUUUAUGAACCAUGUUACAUCUCCAGGCGUUAUAGAUUCGUUCUACUCUACACAUCCACUUCAAAGUCGUUUGGCGGUGUCGAUUGCAAGUGGCAUUACUGACCCUGUAAGGUCAGCAACUGAUGUUGAUGCCGAAUUACAACAGGCUCAGAGGCAAGCACGAACCCAAGAAUUUAAAAAUGCAGUUGAAAGAGCUCAACAGGCAAGAGCACGACAAAAGCUUUCUGAAAGCUGUUCAGCUGAAAGUGAUAACAUGAUACCUAAGUCCGCUCUGGGUCUCUUGCCCAGCAUGUCAGAAAACAGAUCACUUCCAUCUGUUCCUACGCCUUUCACGACUACGGCAUGCCAAUCUGGUCCUAAUUGCUUGUUCCCAGUGGGGGACCAUUCAUCUGUUAAUCAUAUGCUUAACGCUCCUCCUCAUAAUAUGCUUCAUGCGUUUCCAACAUCAGGACCUCUAGAUAUAACGGCCGCAAUUGCCGCUGCGACUGCUGCUGCCAUAGCGUACACAGGUGGAGCAGAUAGUGGGGUCCCAGAAAGAAGUAGAAUUGAAAUGCCUCUUAGUGUCUCCUCAAUUAUUUCUCAGACACAGGUGCCAAUGCCUGUUAGUUCAAACACAGCAACUGCUGGCACAUGGCAAGCUCAGUUUGGUUCUAACAAUUCAAUGCCUGCCGCUAUGGUCCGAUUGCUUUCUCAGCAGCCUCUUAUGGCACAGUUACUACAGAAUGCUCUUAAAAUGUCUGCGGGUAAUUCUCAAGUACCUAAAUCUGCUCAGAAUUCACAAGGUGUGUUUUUAAAUCCAGACUUCUCUGUUGAACGUUUCCUCGAGAUUUUCAAUCAGUCACAGAUGAAUUGGCCUCAAGGGCCUCCUAUUAGUUCACCCAAGAAUACGAUCUCUUCAGAAUCAAAUGCUCAGGUCGCGAUAUCUACCCUGCGACAUGAUCAGUCUUCUACUAGUACUGUGGAUUCAUGUCUACGAAACCAGUAUGCAUCUACAACCUCAGUUUCAGGUAAUCCUGACGAUACUGUCGGUUCACAAAACGUUAAGGAGUCUGAUGGAUCAUGCGAAAAAACUCAUCGAGUUCACAGGGUUUCACAAUCAUCCAGCAGAUCGGAUGUUACUGUAGUUACUACCAGCUCGACUGUAACAAGUAGUAAUUCUCCUAGUCAACGAACCACUCGUGUUCCUGGCUUAAUGGAUAUUAAAGUAUCAUGCGCAUCAUCUCAACACUUGGCUCAUCUCUGGGACAAGGAAGAUCACUUACUGGAUCCAGCAAGCCGUGGUUCUCGGGGUCGUGGAAAGAGCUUGAUGUCAUACAAGCCUCAGAGAGGAAGUGCUAAGGGUCGUGGAACCACUAAAAGCCAUCUUUUCGAAGCUGUGACAAGUGACUUCAAAUCUAUGAAUCUUCGCGAACCAUGUGAUCCACAAUAUUCUGCAGAUGACUAUGAUGUAUCACAUCGUUCACACAGUGUUUCAAAGUCGUCGAAAUCCUGGCGUUCGAAACCAUCACGCAGCGUUGAUGAUUCAGUUAUAGAUGCCUAUAAUAUGAAUUCACGGGUCAAAUCUGGAUUGACUGAUGACGAACAUAUGAGAUACAGAAAGCAGGUUCGAAAUAUAACAGACGAUAAUUGUUGGACGCGUACAGAUCUGAACAAUAAUAGUUCACCUUCUGUGUUGUCUAGCGAAAGUGAGAGUAAUGGAUGCGGUAUCCUUAGUGACGUUCAAGAAGGUGAUGGCACUGAAGAUGACAAGAGUUAUAACCGAUUCCGUAACCAGUCUGGGAAAAAAAGGAAUCAGCACCUAGGUAAAUUCUCACAUCCGAAUCAAGCUGGAGUGUCUGAUAAUAACGAUAGAAAUAAAAAUCUCAGUACAUCAUACAACAGACGAGGUCAACGUGGUCGUGUCGGGACAAAUAGUCAUUUUACAAGUUCCAGGAGUUAUACUACAGAUGAUUUCUCUUCAUACUCGAAACGUUAUUCAAAAGGUUCGGAACAAGACUAUUAUUGGCGUCAACAUUAUGGUUCUGGGUCCAGAGGAGUUCGUACAGGUCAUUCUGUCGGAUUGAGCAUUGAUCAGCGCAAGAAUCAUAGUAACGAUGAUAUCCUUUACAGAGCAUCUGAGCGUCAAGCCUCUCGAAGUAUUACUUCUGGCAGCUUUACUGGAUAUUUUGGUGGUCGAAUGACUCGUUCAUACGCACAAUAUGAAUCAUCUCGUGAUCAGAACAAGGAUUUAGAUAGUCAAUAUUACGUUACAAAUGGUCGUCAGAUGAGACCACAAAAGAUGUAUUACAGUCAUAAGGGACAGUUUUCAAGUACCACUGAUUUUUCUCAUGAGUAUGUUGCUAGUGACAACGAUGAAAAUAAGUCUCACAGUCGAUCAACUAAUUACCCUGAUAGUAAAGCGAAGGUUUAUGCUGUCAGUGGACGUUUCCAUAAAACAUACAGAAAAAACCCAACAAACGCUACCACAAAGUCUGAGUUAAACACUCAGCCACAUAUUGAUACUGAACAGGUAACUAAACUGACACUGGAUAGUACUAAUAAUCGGACGGAAGGUAUAGAUGAUCCUGAAGUUCCCACCGUUCGUGUCCCCGCUUCAGAUUCAGUUAUUAUGAACUCCCAGUACUCUAAAACGCGUACUAAUCGUUUUGCCACCCACAAAGUUUUAGGGACAUCCAAACGCAUAAGUAGUCGUGCUAGUCAAAAUCAUCAAUCAAAACGUCUUAACGGCUCUGUUAUUCAUACCACUCGUCGCUAUCGAGAAAUGCGGGAUCGAUACAAUGAUGAAAAAGAUGGUGAUGGAGGUGCUGCUGCUGGCGGUGUAGGCCGGUCUGGAACAUCUAGUGGUGUGUCUGCUUCCAUUAUUUUUAAGACUGGAACUGGUGGAAAUAGUAAUUCUCGUGGUGGCAAUCAAUGCAGUGGUAAUGGUGGUCAUACUGAUUCUGCUGUCGAUUUCGUUGAUCAAGGAAAGCAAAGCAACAAUAGUGAAGUUGUUUCAAAUACUGCUAACGAUCCGCUUGAUGAAAAUAAUGUGAACUCACGAUCUCUUAUGCGUCGGCGGCAAGCGGUUGUGGUAACCGGGAAUACUAGCGAUACAAAUGAUGUUGAUGAAUGGGAAACAGCAUCUGAAGGGUCAUUUUCCUCUGAAACUAUUAAGAACUCGUCAAAGCCGCUGUCAGAUGCAAACAAACGAAAAGAUUUUUCCGAAAUAUCUACUUCUUCCCACCUAAAAAAUGAUGUAAAGACUUCAAAAUCAUCUCCCACAGUUACAAGAGGCAAUCCAUCCAGCUGUCAUGUUGCUGAGGCAACUAUUAAUCAUCGUCAUCAUGACAAUGAUGACACAGAAGGGGGUACCAGUCCAAGAUCUGCUGCUGGUGGGAUUGCUUUACAAACAGAAUGUUCUAAAGUCUCUUCUUCCCCAUCAGUUAUUAGUGGAACUGUCCAGAAAAAUGAAAAGUCUCAAUUAUCAGGAGGAAGUUCCACAAACCAACAUAGCGCUUACCGUAGCACCACACGUGCCUCUCGAUGUGGAACCACUUUUUACCACAAAAGAAAUGAUAUAUCCUCAAUACCGCCUUUAAUGUCUAUUAAGCCUCAUGUCUCAUUUCCCGAAAAUUCUUAUGCUUUGGAUUCCUUGUCUACAUGGACUAGUCGUGCAGAGCGAAGAAAAGAAACAGUCUUCAAGGAUGAUUCCGAUAAGUUCUCGCAAUCAGGUAAAGAGUUCGAUGAGUUAAAUCAAGACUUUUUUGAAGAAGAUACUCCACAUGGGGAUGGGUUUACAAAAGUUGUCUCGAAAGCAAGCAAGUAUUUUGCACGUCGACGAAUGCAGCAAGAAGUUUCAGUUUCUGGUGUCUUGAACACAAGAAAGUUAAAUACUUCCUCUAGAAAUGUUGGUAAUGUAAGCCAAGUAUAUUCCAGGGAGGGUUCAACUUUAACUACCACUCUUUCACAAAACUAUGUACAUACAAGUGACCAUAAAAGUCAAUCAAGUGGGCUAUUGAGAAGUUUGUCAGGUAAAAAGAAGUCUCUCCCAACUAAAGUAAGUUUUAUGGGUCCACCAUUAUGUUUAGACGCAACUUCAUCACUAUGCACCGUUACAACUUCUGUUUUGUCUGGUCAAACUAACCAACCAGUUCCUUGUAGUAGCAGUUUGUCAUCAACACCUACAUCAUCUGUGCUGCAGAAGAUUUCUUUUCCAACUACUCGUACAUGGUCAAAAGUUGUUGGGACAAAGUUUGCGAAAUCUCCACCUGAAAACCAUGGUGACUCUACAAAAACAUCGUCAGUUUUACUCAAUUCAAAUUCAGUCUGGCAAUCAGAACAUUCGAACCACGUAAUUACUGAGGAAUCCAAUGAAGAUAAAAAGUUAGUAGACAACACAGCCGCUACAACAACCAGUAACACGGAUUCAGUGGUGAACUCCUCUUAUGCCUCCAUGCAGUCGUUAUGGUCGAUAGGUGAUAGCGUACCGCAAGCUAACAAAAAUCAUUCAAACAAUAAUACUUUGCUCUUGGCUAGUAGUACAGUUCAGGGUACGGUUGUUCCUUCUGCUGGUCCGCUAUGUACUGUUAGUCCUUCAACUACAUUUUCAUCUCAAAUUUCUAAUAACAUUUGUAAGGUCAAACCUCAACAACAACAGCUUCUUCAGGUUACUUCCAUCUCACCUCUUGUUUCGACUUCUAUGCACUUGAAUCUUCUUAGCCCAUCUAAUAAUAAUAUUAUUGAGAAUAUCUCCACUGCAGAUUUGAUAGGAGAAACAGAAAGAUCUGACUUCGAAUGUUGUGGUGACAUUGGACGCUCUAAUGCCCUUUUAAGACCGCCUAUCUCAGAUUUAACAACUUUAUCCAGUAAUUCUUUUCAGUCUUGGUCUUCCUCAAAUGCUCUAUAUACACCAUUCUCUUUAUCUAAUGUUCCUAUAAAUCGUCAUGAAAGCAACAUGUUUUCCGGUAACGUUUGGCCGACAGCUGAUCAAAGUAUGGAUGUGAAUAUUAAUUGCAUGACAGGUUCGUAUAAUGCUAAUUCUAAUCAACCACACUUUCAAAAUCAAAUGAGUUCUAAUAUUCUUUCAAAUGUUUUAACUCACAAUAAUACCGUCCCAUCAUUGGAUAGUAUGACUAAGCAGUCGAAUAUGUCUAUCACACCUAGGCAACAGCACAUACAGUCUUAUCAAAACUCAAUAUUGACACCCGCAGAUAGAGUAAACAUAUACUCCAGUGGUCCAUAUGGAAAUAACUCUGCAGAAUUAGGGAAACUAUCAAACAACAUAUGUGUUCCGUCUCAACAAAUGACUUUUGUAUCUGCAGCGCCUUCAUUAUAUGUUCAUCCACAGUCAACUACAAUUCAGCCGGCACCUUCUCGUUCUUUUCACCAUUCCUUGUCAAUUCCGAUUCAGUCACAAAUGAGUCAAGCUCGGAAAUGCAGACAACAGGUACCACAUCAAAUGGAUCCAUCCACAUUCACUGCUGGGUAUUCGAGUUUUCCCACGGACGUAAAAAAUGAAUACAAUUUCCCUCCAUCUAUUGCUGGUUGUAUUCCACCUCCUCCUUCUGUUGGCUUGUAUUCAGCCAUUCAUCAGUCUAAUUACCCACAGAAUUCAGGAAGACAUGCGAUCGGAUUUCCAACGACUGUAAAUUCGUAUUCUCUUCUUGGAAACCCUUCUGCUACUUCUAACCUUCAAGCCGCUGGACAACCAUUCGCCCCAGCGAUUGGACCAGCUCCUGGAAACGGUGGAGGUUUAUUACCUCACCCUGUUCCUCAGGGUGGAUACAACAAUACACCUUGUCAUUUCCCGACACCCAUCACUUCAAAUUCUGUCUCAAAUUAUGCCAAUGCUCCUAACUAUGUAGGCGUGAUUGGAGGAGGGCGUCCCAGUACUGACCAUUCAAAUGCUACUGUUCGACAAAGAGGUUUACAGCAUCACAAUUUAUUCCCCCAUCCAAACCUCCCACAGUCACCCUCAGCGCAAGGACAACAGUCCUUUCAGUUGCCAUCCAGUUUUUAUCCGUCGAUUUCACCAUCGCAUCAACGCGUAUCACUUCAGCAGUUUGGAGGUACUUCUCGUGCAGCAAUUACUGGACCAAUUAAUCCGCAAAAUGGACUUUAUGGUCCAGCAUUUGGUGGGGCUUCUCAUCCACCAAAUCAAGCCACUCCACCUCCUAUCGGACAUCAGUUGAAUCCCAUAGGUUUUUAUAGUAAUCCGUUCCAAUAUCCAUCUCGUCCAGGUAAGGAUUUGGGUUGAACAUAGUUAUAUCCAACAUGUCGUAUCAUCUUUGUUUGCCUUGAUUGUUAGUGUAACACAGUCACAUUUUCUGACAUUGUCUGUCAUUGAAAGACGUACUUCAAAAGUACAUAAACCUUGUGAAGGCUCUUAACUCGAACACUAACAACUUAUGGCAAACUGUCAUCUGAUUUUGCAACCUCAAGUGGUGUCCGGCGAAGCUGUCCACUUUCUCUAUUUCUUUUUAAUUUCAUCAUAGACUUACUGACGAAAGUCUGUUUGGCUUUUGCUAACUUAGAUCAUCUGUGGCGAAGGCGAGAUAUCCGUCUAUCAAUUAAACGAUGAGUAUACUGAGAAACAUUUCGUUUUGUUUUGCUUUACGGCUGCGGAACAUGACCAUUAAAGGUUGAGGAUACCAGUAAGUUACUAGUAUUUGAUCACAGAUGUUUUAGAAAUAUAGCUCUCAUCUGCUGGGAUCACCGGGUGGUAAGUAAUGGUAAGGUUAGAUGCAUGGUAUUAGGGAAUGAUAAUAAAUCAGUCGAUGAGGUUGUGAAUCUCCAUCGACUGAAAUGGUUGGGCCUGAAAACCGUUUACCACGACGUGCAAUUCUGACCAUUGUUGGAGACUAUGGGAAGAUAGUUGGGGGUUGCCAAACCAAAGCGUAGCAUCAGUGCUUAAAGUCACUUAUUUCUAGUCUGAGCCAUGUUGGUAGAUGUAGACUACUUGGUUGGGGUCCGCGUGACUAUCGUAAUCAAUGGUUGGAGAUUCUGGGUGACAGGGCUCAGAAUCGAUCACAAUGGCGUAGGUGUAUACACCCUCUAUCAUCCCUUCAACUAUGAGAUUAAAAUCGUUUUAUAUCUUUCUUUCUACGAACCAAUUAUUUUUUUCUGUACUAUAUUCUUACAUAAGAUCUUUUAUAUAUUACACCAUUGAGUUAACUGAUUCUAUGAAUCCGGUGUUUAUGUUGUUGUGCUAAUGCGGUAUGACAACUUGGACCGGUGCAUAUAUGUGCCUGGUACUACGUUGUAGCUGACUGAUACAAAGAUUUUGGUUUUUAGCUUAAUACGAAAAUAGUUAUAAAUUUAUCGUGUAAUGUUGCUUCACUUCCUCAGUUUUUCUUAUUAGUACAAUGUAUAUUUGUGAUUCCACUUCAAGUAAGUUAUCUAUUUCUUUUUUCACCAUUUCUUACAUUCUUUACAGACGGACUUCACUGACAAAUCAUCCGUACAAUGUGUUUUUUGACUUUUAUUGUGGAGAAUAAUUUUCCGAGUUUUGUGCUUCCAUCCUUACUAUAUAUCGUAUGAUCAUGCUGUAGUCUUUUCGCAUUACAAUUGAAAAGUGGUCAAUACUUGUCUUAAAAUGCACAUCAUUUUUGUAGAUCAACUGUAGUAGUCUUGACCAGUUUUUCUAUAAACAGGAUAUUUUCUUUUGAUUUUUUGUUUGUGUCAAUUCUAUGUCUCUUUGAGUUUUUAUUAAAUUAAAUGUUUGACUGUAAAUUCUGUGUUUCUUAUGAAUCCUUGUCAUGUUAUACAUUGUCUAUUAAAUUGUUAACACGAUAGCUUGUGUUUCCGAUUGAUUGCCUUGACUAGUGGUGAUUUUAUUGCUCUUUCUCUAUUUUUCAACUUGAGAAUCCCAUAUAAUUCUUCUUGUCUAUCUAUGAUUUGACAAUUGAUCUGCAGUUUUACAUAUUAUCAUUAUCAUCAUUUAUAAUUGUUGUACACGUUCCCCUUCUGCCCAUCGGCUAACUUGAUUGGUUAUUCUUGUAAACAGGAUAUAUACAUAUAUUUACAGAUAUAUGUCGUUUACAUUUGCCUGAU